AAAAAAGAGCUUGAAUUACUUUUCUCCUCGUCUUUAGAGGUUUAACUUUAAUUCGCAGUAGCUCGGGUUGUUGUUUACAUUCUUAUGACUCUAUUUGACCGGAUGUGACGUUUGUUUGUUUUUUGUUUUGCUGCUUAUUUUAAAGACAGUAGUUAGCUAGUAGCUAGUUAGCCGGUUAGAACAGUAUGAAGUGAACUUGGCCGUUCACUGGAGCCAGCUCGGUUUUAACGGCUGUCUGGAUUUUCUAGAAGAUUCUGUUUGGUUUUAUUUGUCAUGUAGCAUCGCUACGGAUUAAUGCAGUGUUUGUGUUUGACGUGUAGCUACUGUAGCAGCAUACUGAGCUACAACAGCGAGAUAAAGAGCUGUUUAAAAAAGUGUGAUUUAACACGCUGUAAAGGCUGUCUUCAUUGAUAAAACCUUCAUUCAACCUUCACUUUUACUCAGAGAUCACUGAAGAGCAGCUCUCAGAACCAUGGACCUUUACAGAGUCGACUGAAAACAGGGGAAUCAUCCAGACUCUUGGUUCUCAGCUGGUGGGUCAGCACAUGGAAAAGUUCAUUUCCCUGUGAUUUAUUUCAAGAAGCUGAGGCCAAACCUCUCCUCAUGGUCCUGCUGGGGGGUCAUGAAGCCCAGGAUCUCUGUAGCAGCCUUCAGCUGGUCUGGAUUGUUGAGUCUGGUGUCUCUCUGUCUACUGAAGCAGAGAAAUAACUGAAGAGAAAUCAGACUUUUCCACAGCGUUCUAACAUUUCCAGACCGUGGAUUUUAAGUUUUCAGUCUGUGGAAGCGGUUACCAUGGAGCCGGCCUGGCGACAGGCGGGCAGGGGGCGUGGCCGGAGUCAGGAGGGUCAGGGUGAGCGAUCGCGCCCCCCGCAGAAGGAGAGAGAGAAGCCAGGGGGCGCUGGAGGAGCGUGGGGAGGAGGAAGAGGAGGGAGGAUGAAGACUGCAGAAACACCCGAGCCUCCUCAAGCAGCGUCUGUCCAGUCAAAGUUUGAGGAGAUAAGGAAGUCCAACCAGGCUGCUGCUCAGCGAUUGGUGGAGAGCCACUUCAGCUCCUCCUCCGAUGAAGACGACGACGAUGAAGAUGUAGCUGCUGGCCAUCAGGACGGGAAGAGAGGGAAGAUCCUGGAGUCGACCUUUACAACCUACGCCAACCAGACUGGUGGCGAUGUGACCGGUCUGGCGAGGACGGGUCAAUACGUCAGUGACCUCUUUCAGUCCGGAGCGCUCACCUGUCUGAUCUGUAUCGCUUCAGUCAAGAGGACUCAGGAGGUGUGGAGCUGCUCCAGCUGCUUCUCUCUCUUCCACCUGCCCUGCAUUCAGAAAUGGGCCAAGGACUCGGCCUUCCUCGUCUCCUCCGUCACCGAUGAAGACUUCGGUCAGAAGCAGCAUCCCUGGCCUUGUCCCAAGUGUCGAGCAGAAUAUCCGCCCAGUGCUACGCCCAACAGGUACAUGUGCUACUGUGGGAAAGUGCAGGAUCCUCCGGCUGACCCCUGGUUGGCUCCUCACUCCUGUGGCUCGGUCUGUCAGAAGGAGCUCAAACCCACCUGUGGACACACCUGCCUGCUGCUCUGUCACCCCGGUCCCUGCCCUCCGUGUCCAAAGAUGGUUUCAGUUUCCUGUCUGUGUGGCAAAGCUAAGCCCCUCCCCCGUCGCUGCAGCAACAAGGCCUGGUCCUGUCAGCAGCAGUGUGGAAGGUUGUUACCCUGUAAGCAGCACACCUGUACCCAGACCUGUCACACAGAGUGCUCCCCCUGUCCCAGAGUCAGCGUUCAGAGGUGUGUGUGUGGUCGAGAGCAGGCAGAGAGACCCUGUGCUGCCCCCCGGUGGAACUGUCAGCAGAUGUGCGGCGCCCCUCUCUGCUGUGGGAAUCACGUCUGUGAGGUGUUGUGUCAUGAUGGAGCUUGUCCUCCGUGCCCUCGCUCCGUCAGCAGAUCCUGUCCCUGUGGAAAAUCCAAGUCGGCUCUGCCCUGCACAGAGGAAGUGAUGCCGUGUGGCGACACGUGCGACCGCCGCCUGUCGUGUGGAAAACACACCUGCUCGAUGAGGUGCCACCGAGGGAGCUGUGAGACGUGCAGACAGGAGGUGGAGAAGGAGUGUCGCUGUGGCAAGUACAGGAAGCUGAUGCCCUGCCAUAGAGAAUACCUGUGUGACUCCAAGUGUCCCAAAACCAGGAGCUGCCAGAGACACCAGUGCAGGAGGAAGUGUUGCCCAGGUAACUGCCCUCCAUGUGAUCAGAGCUGUGGUCGGACUCUCGGCUGCCGCAACCACAAGUGUCCCUCUGGCUGUCACCAAGGUAGCUGCUACCCGUGUCCAGAGUCGGUGGAGGUCAGAUGUCCGUGCGGUUCCACGGUGUUGUCAGUACCAUGUGGGCGAGAGAGGAGCACCAAACCUCCCCGCUGCAAAGAGCCCUGCAGGUGUCCCCCGUCCUGCCACCACCCGACCAGAGAGAGCCAUAAGUGCCACCCCGGACCGUGUCCCUCCUGCAAACAGACCUGCCUGCUGCAGCUGCCCGGCUGCUCUCACACCUGCCCACAGCCGUGCCACGACCUGGUGCUCGUCAAGUCCCAGCAGGUGCAGUUGGCCGGGCCGUGGGAGCAGCCGUCCGGACCAGCGUUUGUGAAGAAAGCUCUGCCGUGUCCGCCGUGUGAGGUUCCCAUACCAACAGCCUGUUUUGGAGAACAUGAGGUGAGCCCCGUGCCGUGUCAUCGUCAGGGUCGAUUCUCCUGCUCACGACCCUGCGGACGACCCCUGCCCUGUGGGAAUCACAACUGCGCCAAGGAGUGUCACCUGGUGACCAGCAGCAGCAAGUGUGAGGUAUGUGAAGAGGGCUGCUCUAAGCCCCGCCCCCCCGGCUGCCCCCACCCCUGCCCCCGCCCCUGUCACCCCGGAGACUGCCCCUCCUGCAGCCAGAUGAUCCGCCAGCGCUGCCACUGCAAGAUCAGCAUGCUCUACGUGGAGUGCACGAAGCUGACGUCAGCAGAUGAAGAGACCAAGGUGACGUUGGGCUCCUGUAACAACCAGUGUCCUAAAGAGCUCCUCUGCGGUCAUCGCUGUAAGCAGGUGUGUCAUCCUGGAGAGUGUGAGGAGAGAUGUCAACAGAGGGUGAAGCUCAGGUGCGCCUGCAGGAGGAUCAAAAAGGAGUUCCCGUGCUCACAGUCUGAUCAGAGUGUCCAGUGUGACGACGCCUGCAGAGAGCAGCAGAGGAAAGUCAGCCAGAUGAAGGAGGCGGAGCUUAAAGCGGCUCAGGAGGAGGAGCAGAAGAAGCUGCAGGAGGAGCUGGAGGCGUUCGAGAAGCGUCAGCAGCGAGGAGGGAGGAGGAGUAAGAAGCGAGGGAGGAGGGAGGAAGUGGACGACGAGCGGGGGAGGAUGGGGUGGUGGAAGAGGUGUGCCGCCUUCGUUCUGGUCCCACUGGGCGGAGCUCUGCUGUCGAUGGCCACCUACUACCUCCUGACCACGGCGUAAAGAUCCUGUAAAGAGGAGGAGGCCGUCUCAGACUCCCUCUGUAGCUCUGCCGUCUGGAUUUCUGUCUUUCCUUCUGCUCUGUAUUCAUCCUCUUAAGUGGACCGGUCUGUCUCUUCACGGUUAGUUUGGUAGUCUCUGCCUUUUAGAGCAUGAAGGUGGAGAUAGAAAGUCACUUUCACAGUAAUAAAAAAUACUUUAAAGCUUAAAAAAUGCUUUAUUGUUCUUUAAAGACCUGGAAAUCUUUAGUGUUGAGAGUUAUUGUUGAGCUGAAGCUGCAGCUCCAUCACGGAUUGUCUGUUAAACCCACAGCAGCAUCACCUGCUCUCUAAAUUCUCUUUCUUUGCUCUGAUUUUUAUUUGAUUUUAUUUUAGAAUGAAAGUUGCCAUGAAUUUGAUAUUUAAGGCCCAGUUUUUCUAAAGUGGUCUAACAGGAUUAAAUGACCUGAUGGAGUUAAAUCUGAAAUCUGGUUGUUAGAAAGACUUCAAGAUUAUUGAGUUGGGUUAUAUCGGGGGAUGCAAUCCAGAGGUUUUUAACCUUUGAUCCGAACAUUUAGGAUGAUCCUGAUCCAGCAGGAGCCGACGCGAGAACAUCAACAUGCUGGUCAAAUAAAGCGGCUUCUUUAAAGGCAGCUGGCUUUUAAACAAUUUCAAUCUAAUGUGUCAUUUAUUUGUUAAAGACAACAGAUGUGCAAAUUUGUCCUUAAAUUCACUGAAUUAUCAUCAGUAUCCAACACUGGAUCUGUAAUUUAGCACAGCAUCUUUGAGCGUGUACGGUACAGCGACUGAUCUGACUUUUAGAGGCUAAAAAUGUCAUACAUUUGAAAUGAAAUGAAAUAUUUUUAAAAUAUGUUAGACUAAAAUGUCUCCUGAUUUAAGUUUAUUUGAAAGUCCGGGCCCCAAAGCAUCCAUCAAAGAAAAAUGAGGCCCUUAAAUAUCGGUGAUGACCCCUGCUUUAGAGUUCUAGACAUGAUCAUCUGUUGAAGUUUUGUUUUUCACAUUUGUCUUUAUGAAAUAAAAAGCUGCUGAAAAGUU